GGGGUAGUGAGAAGAACGAGGCGCGGCCUGAGGCUUGGCUGAGGUCAGCCGCCAGUGAACCUGGCAAUCGGUAUUCGUGUCGUCCAAAUGGGAUCUUGCUCGGCUCUAUCCUUAGUUCGCUGCCAUCUUGAUUCUCUUCACGACGCGGCUGACAGCGUUGUAUCACGCCCAUAACAGAGCUCGGUCUACAUUACGGUGGGCGCAAAGGAUCGUCGCACCCCUUUAUCGGACUUUGGAGUCUCAGCUGUUCCGAAGACACCCUCGAGUCUUAUAUAGCGCGCUCUUCCUUGCUUUCUCCCACCUCACAACUCUCGUUCCUACCAUUCACAAUGUCCACCCCGCGGAACGCACCAGCUGGUACGCGUCAGGCGUAUCCCUUUCGCCCUCCCAAAGUAACAGAAUCCUCGCAACCUGACACUUCCUUCAUCCUCAAAGACCUUGCAGACGAGGUCACCAAGUUUAAACGGAGCAAAAGUUCCCUUAGCCCUGUCGACAUCACAAACGUCAAGCCCAUCGCUUCAUACUCAUGGAUCGAGGCUGGGGAGCCAACCAUCGCUGUCCCUGGCUCCCCUAGAGUUUGGUUCUCCGGGCCCCGUCGCGUCCCAGCUGACUCUGGAACAGUCUUUGUGGACCAAAAUGCAUUCUACAUGCGCAAAGUGUCUCCCCUCAUCCCCAUAUUCGCAGCCAUCGACGAUAUGCAUCCUAGCUUCGACUACAAGCAAUUCGACUUCAUCACCGACCGCAACAACCUUCGCAAGCUCCUCCGCUGGGCCAGUGGCUCAUCGGAUGAGAAUGAUUUCCGCAUCGAUGUCGAUUUGGCCGGCUCGACGUGCUUGUUCACACGCCUUGAAUCCAAGAACGCGGAGACUGUUCAAGGCUUCAGGGGGUUUGGACACGAGUACGAGAAAGCAGCCACGAGAGUCACUCGUGGCUGCGAGAGAGCUACUGGACAUCAUCGGAUGAUUUCUAUCGAUAUGGGUGGGCUGAAGAUUCUCCUUCGUUUCAUGAUCGAGGCCUGCACAUCUGCCACCAACGACACGAACAACGAAGACGACCUCUUAGAAGCCUUCUCAGGCCUGGGCAUCGGUGGAGCUCCUGCCUCCACCUCCACCGGCCUGGCCACUAAGAAGCCUCAAACGCCAACCGUCCGUGGCGUCUCCAUCACCCACACGACGCCACGCACAAUCGUCCCGCAAGCCUCUCUCAUCGAGCUCAAGACGCGGGCGGCACACCGCGAGCUGGACUGGGAAGAAGUAUAUCCACAGCUCUAUCUUUCUCAGACAGCAUUCUUGUAUAUCGCGAAGCACGAACGCGGCAACUUAACACCCUAGAGAAGGUAGAGCUUGGCGCGGAGAGCAUGAAACCUCAUGCCCGCCGUGCUGAACAGGGGGUUGCGAAUUUGAAACUCGUGCUUCAGGAUAUCUUGGAUGCUGUGAAAAAGGAAGACGUGGGGGU